UACGUGCUGUGUUCGUAGUUCAAAGUUUGAUACUUUGAUGCCCGCACGGCGCCUCAGCGGCCCGGAGUGCGGAUGCCCCGGCCGGCGGUCGGUCGGUCGGUCUGUCAGGUGCCUGCGAGCGGACGGUGGGAUGCGGGGGUGCGGGGGUCCGCGGUCCGCGGUCCCGGUCCCGGUCGUGAUGACGGCCGACGCUCCGACGCUCCGCUCUGGUCGGGGGUUCACCGAGCGAUCCGCCGAGGGCUCUCUCGGCGUCGGCCCGGACGCCGGUCGUCAGCCGCGGAGGACGGAAAGUUGUCUUUUUGACUUUGGUUCGAAUGGCUCGGGUUAGUGAACCCGGUUCAAGGCGGGCGUCGUGUCCGCCUCGCGUGCUGCCUUCCUCCGCCUCGGCUUCAUGUUCGGCCGCCUCGCGGAGGUCCUCCCCCUGCGGCGCUGGGCGGAGUUUCCUACCGGAGCAGACGCUCCUUUUGUCGGAUCUCCUUCGACUUGACUCCCCGGGGCUUCGGGCACAAAGAAAGGGCGCUGUGGAUGCGAACUGGGCGGCCGAAGCGCCACGCAGUAUUCGGGAGCGUGCGGGGUGGCCAGCGGAACCGCAAGUGGAGGGGGCGGAGUCAGCUGGAGCAGACGCUGCGCGAUGAACGGCGGCGGCGUUUCUGCGCCUCAGAGCGGCAGACUCAAGACCAUCAAAGACGAGUGGCGUCAGGAGGACUGCCUGAGCCUGCUGGAGCGAAUUCGCAGCCUCCUGCCCGACGGCGACGCCAUGAAGUACAAAACCACCGAGUCGCACUUCGACUGGGACAAAGUGGGCUUCGGGAACUUCACGGGAGAAAUGUGUCGGCAGAAGUGGAGCAAAGUGUCCACGGAGGUGCGCAAGUACAGAACCAUGACGGAGCUCAUCACGGACGCCAUCGAGUUUGUGAAAAACCCUUACAAAGGCAAGAAGCUGAAGACGCAUCCCGACUUCCCCAAGAAGCCCUUGACGCCGUACUUCCGCUUUUUCAUGGAGAAACGAGCCAAGUACGCCAAAAUCCACCCCGAGAUGAGCAACUUGGACCUGACGAAGAUUCUGUCCAAGAAGUACAAGGAGCUGCCCGACAAGAAGAAGCAAAAGUACGUGGCCGAGUUCCAGAGUGAGAAGGAAGCGUUUGAGAAGAACAUGGCCCGAUUCAAGCGCGACCAUCCCGAGCUGAUGGAGGCCGGCAAAAAGUCGGACCUGCCCGAAAAGCCCAAAACUCCUCAGCAGCUUUGGUACAACCACGAGAAGAAGACCUACAUGAAGGUGCACCCGCAGGUGAGUCAGAAGGAGCUGAAGGAGGUUUUGAGGAGACAAUGGUCGCAGCUGUCGGACAAGAAGAGACUCAAGUGGAUCGGCAAAGCUUUGGAGCUCCAGAAGGACUACGAGGACAGCAUGCGAGCGUAUCACGAGGCUCAUCCGGACGCCAGCGCGGACGAUCACGUCCGCUCUGUCCUUACCAAAGCGGAAAGACAACUCAAGGACAAAUUUGAUGGACGGCCAACCAAACCUCCUCCUAACGGCUACUCGCUGUACUGCGCCGAGCUGAUGGUGAACAUGAAGGACGUCCCGAGCACGGAGCGCAUGGUGCUGUGCAGCAAGCGCUGGAAGAUGAUGACCCAGAAGGAGAAGGACAUGUUUCAGAAGCGCUGCGAGCAGAGGAAGAAGCAGUAUGACAUGGACCUGCACAGAUUUCUGGAGAGUCUCCCGGAGGAGGAACGAGACCGAGUGGUGAGCGAGGAGAAGCUGGGCGGCGCCCGGGUUCCGGCGGGCGCCGUCUCCAGUCCGCACAGAGCCAAGUCGCCGCCCGUCAAGGAGGAGGCGGAGCCUGUGCUUUGGGCACCCCAGGGCACCAGGGAGCGACGUGACCCCAAGAAGAGCGGCAAGCUUCCCGACACCCCCAGAACGGCCGAGGAGAUGUGGCAGCACAGCGUCGCCGCCGACUUCCUCACCAAAUGCAGAAGCGACCGCAGGAAGGCGCAAGCGGCCAUGGAGGACGCGUGGAAGGCCAUGGAGAAGAAGGAGAAGAUUCCCUGGAUCAAGAAGGCCGCUGAGGACCAGAAGCGAUACGAGAGGGAGCUGUCGGAGCGGAGGCCGAGUCAGAAGAAGGCCAAGUUUGACGGAGAACCAAAGAAACCUCCGGUGAGCGGCUACCAGAUGUUUUCUCAGGAGCUCCUGACCAACGGGGAGCUGAACCACUUCAGCCUGAAGGAGCGAAUGGUGGAGAUCGGCAAACGUUGGCAUACGCUGACGGCCAGCCAGAAGGACGCGUACAAGAAACACGUGGAUGCCACGCAGGCGCGAUACCGCGUGCUGCUCGACGCGUGGCUGAAGUCUUUGUCUCCGCAGGACCGCGCCGCCUACAAGGAAUUCUCCUCCUCGGUCCAAAAGUUCCAGUUUUGUCUCGUCCGUCCAAAGGACAUUCUCCCAGAAGCUUUGUGGCUUGUCGGCAAGCAGUUUGGUGAAUUCCAUUAUGGCUUUUUGAAGCGUCGCAGUACAUCGAAAGCCGGCAGCGGCCCCGCCCCUAAAAUGCUGGUGACGGCCAAGGGCAAAGCGGCGGCCUCCAAGGUGGCGCCUCCCGCCGCGGCCAAACGGGCGAUGGCGUACCGAGCCAAGGACGUGGUGUCCGACUCGAACGACGACAAGAGCGACUCGUCCGACUCUGACGACGACGACGAGGAAGACGAGGACACGUCCGGUAGCUGCGACAGCGAAGACGACGACGACGAGGAGGAGCACGACGACGACGAUGACGACGAAGAUCAGACGUCUUCCGACCGAUCCAGUGACUCGGACUAGCUCCGCCUGCUCAUUGGGGAUGGGCCAUGUCUCCUUGUGGGGGAGCUUUGUUUUUUCUCAGACAGGAGGUGGGCUUUGUACAGAAAGGGGAAGGGGUCUUCUUCAGAAAUAAAAGCACUUUUUUUUUUUCUCUCUGA